ACGCGGGCUCGUUUUAUAUAAAGCGUUCUUGUUUCCUUCCUUUUUUAUUUACAAGACAAUUCCGUCUUUUCUUAGUUUCACACAGAUUCCUCUUCUUUUCUCCUCUUCGAAGAAGAUUUAGGGCUUUUCGUUCUGAAACUAAAGGGUUUUGUGAGAUUCGAUUUGGAUUGAUUCUCUGUGGAUUUGUUCUCAACAACAACAGGCCUGAUUUUGUACUUUGUGGAUCAUAGUUAGUACAAGAACUUACUUAAGAGCUCAAGAAAGAUGGAUGAUUGGGAGGAAACUGAGCCAGUUAUACCUGUUCUGAAAAAGGAUUUACCGAAAAAUCCGUGGGCGGAUGAGGAUGUAGAUGAAAACGAUGUGAAAGAAUCUUGGGAGGAUGAAGAUGAGGAGCCCACUCCGGCUCCUGCUCCCGCUCCAGCACCAGCAGAAACGAGCACCAAGAAAGCUGCGAAAAAAUUCAGCAGCCUUGAGAAAGGCAAAAGUGUUGAAGUAGCAAAACCGGAUGAGGUUUUGGAUCCUUUAGCUGAGAAGCUCCACCAGCAAAGGCUUGUUGAAGAAGCUGAUUUUAAGGCCACGACUGAACUUUUUGGUAAGAGAGCUGAUGGGAAAUCACUAGAUACUUUCAUUCCCAAAUCAGAAAGUGAUUUCGCUGAGUAUGCUGAGCUCAUCUCUUCUCAACUUCGCCCAUAUGACAAAAGCUACCAUUACAUUGGCCUACUUAAGUCACUCAUGAGACUGUCAAUGGCGUCUCUGAAAGCUGCAGAAGUCAAAGAGAUAGGUUCUUCGGUGAUGGCAAUCGCAAAUGAAAAGCUCAAGGCAGAAAAAGAAGCGACUGCUGGCAAAAAGAAAACAGCCACAAAGAAGAAACAGCUCCACGUAACCAAUAGCAAAGAUGACGACAUUGCGCUUGCGUAUGGCGCUGAUGUUGCUGAUGAUUAUGAUUUUAUGUGAUGAUUGGUACUAGGCAUUGAACUUAUUUUUGAUCUUUUGAUAUAUAGACUAGGAUCCUAUUAGUGUAAAGAAGAGACUUGUUUGGAUCCUACGGCCGCAAUGACCCUCCAGAUGUUGGAGGCCACCAUUUUGAGUGUUUUGCUUAUUUGAAGUUUGGUGAAUAAGAAAAUUUGUCCCUUCAAUAGUUUUUGUUCAGUUUCUUUACGCAGCUUCUGCUUCUUGAAUACAAGUGUUUGCUUAAAUCGGUUAAAUUCUCGUAUAUACAUUGUUUUCGGUUUU